GCGGGCGGAAGGGCACCGUAGUUUCCUCCGCUCUGCGGCGGGUCUAGGCAGGCCUGCGGGUCUCGGGGCGGUGGGGACUCCCUCCGACCUCGGCGCCGUCCGUUGGCGGGAGACCCAGGCCCACAGCGCCGGGCCCUGCCGUCGAGUCGCUCGCAGCCCGGCCCCUGGACCCGGGAGUUGCUGCACUUUGGCGUAAAUUGCAAUCGAUUAGGGAUCGUUUCUCAGACUCGAGUUAGAAGUGAGAGUUCAGAUAAGUGAGGCCGCCAUUGCUGCUUUGAACACCUCAGAAGGGGAGAAUGGAUUUAUCAGGAGUGAAAAAGAAGAGCUUGCUAGGAGUCAAAGAAAAUAAUAAAAAGUCCAGCACUAGGGCUCCUUCUCCUACCAAACGCAAAGACCGUUCUGACGAGAAGUCCAAGGAUCGCUCUAAAGAUAAAGGAGCCACCAAGGAGUCAGGCGAGAAGGAUCGUGGCAGAGAUAAAACCCGGAAGAGGCGCAGCGCGUCCAGUGGGAGCAGCAGCACCAGGUCUCGGUCCAGCUCUACCUCCAGCUCAGGUUCGAGCACCAGCACGGGCUCCAGCAGCGGCUCCAGCUCCUCUUCGGCAUCAAGCCGCUCAGGUAGUUCCAGCUCAUCCCGCAGCUCCAGUUCCAGCAGCUCCUCCGGCUCUCCAAGCCCUUCCCGACGCAGACAUGACAACAGGAGGCGUUCCCGCUCCAAAUCCAAACUACCCAAGAGAGAUGAAAAGGAAAGGAAGAGGCGGAGCCCUUCCCCUAAACCCACCAAAGUGCACAUUGGGAGGCUCACUAGGAAUGUGACCAAGGAUCACAUCAUGGAGAUAUUCUCCACCUAUGGGAAAAUUAAAAUGAUUGAUAUGCCUGUAGAAAGGAUGCACCCCCAUCUGUCAAAAGGCUAUGCAUAUGUAGAGUUUGAGAAUCCAGAUGAAGCCGAGAAGGCCCUAAAGCACAUGGAUGGAGGACAAAUCGAUGGCCAGGAGAUCACUGCCACUGCUGUGCUGGCCCCCUGGCCUAGGCCGCCUCCCCGACGUUUCAGCCCUCCCAGGAGAAUGCUGCCACCACCUCCCAUGUGGCGCCGGUCACCCCCACGGAUGAGGCGAAGGUCACGUUCCCCAAGGCGCAGGUCCCCGGUGCGCAGGCGAUCUCGUUCCCCUGGCCGCCGCCGCCAUCGGAGCCGGUCCAGUUCCAACUCCUCCCGAUAAGCAGGGCCACGGAAGUUCUGCCCCCUGUAACUUAUAUCCCAUCCAACUCAGUUUUGUCCCAUUCCUAGCCAAGGGAGGGUGGGUAGGAAAGAAAUCCUCACUGAGGGGCAGGCUUCAAGACACAAGUUGAGGUGUUUCCUGUGCAGAUGGAGUUCUGGCUGCAAAGAUGUGUUGAUUUGGGGGUACCUAUAAAAUCCCCCCCAGUUUUCUGGCUAGAAAGCUCCCAAUCUCCAGUUGAGAGUCAUUUCAGUGACAAAGCCAGCAGGGAUGAGUAGGGCUCCGGGUGGCAGUGCAGCCCCAGCCCUGGAGUGCAUUGUCAUACCACAGGUGGCCUGGAGCCAGUUGGGUGGCUCAGUCGUGCCCUUGCUUACUGGCCUGGGGCCUCAGGAGUAGGCAUGCUUUGGUGCAGCUGCCACGCCUGUCAGCCUGGCCCUGCUCCCCUGCUUGAGUCCUCUUCCAACCUUGAGGGCUAAACAACCUGUGUUAGUCGCCAGAAAUGGUUGUUUUUAAUGUCCUUGUGCACACACAGCACAGCCCAUGUCCCCUUUCUCUCUGAAAUUGGUGAGCAAGCUGAGGGCCAGGUCUGUAGUCAUCACGGAGCUCCUGUUGCAGCUGUUACUCAUGGUGGGCUUGUAGGUUCCCUUUGGCAGUAUGUACAUUGCAUCUUGGGGUUUUAUUGUACAGUCAGUACUAUAAAUUUUCUGUUUUGAGUUUUGUAACUUUGUAGCAUUAUAUAAUGCUGCGUUUGUACUUUGUUGUGUAGAGUGAAAGGGUUGUAUUGAAUAAACCUAGGAUUAGAAUGCA